AUGCCAAUCAACCUGGAAAUACCAGUCUUCUCGCCCGCCUCGGCCCUGCACGCUCAGGCGCUCGGCGCGCAGCGCAUCGAGCUCAACGCACGGGGGAGCUACCCCGUCGGCGGCACGACGCCGGCGGCGGCGGACCUCGAGGGCAUGACGGAGCGGCUCACGGUGCCCGUGCGGGUCAUGAUCCGGCCGCGGGGGAAGCCCGGCGACGACGUCGACUUUGUCUACACGGGCGACGAGCUCGCGGCCAUGGCGGUCGACAUCGGGGCCCUCCGCGGGGCGUUGCGGGCGGAGCGGGGCGACGGGUUCGUGUUCGGGGUGCUACGGAGGGACGGCGAGGCCCUGGUGGUGGACGUCGAGAGGAGCCGGCAGCUCGUCGAGGCCGCCGGCGGGCUGGCCUGCUCCUUCCACCGAGCCUUUGACGAGGCCGUCCGGUCCGGGGAGGGCCGGGACGUCGAAAAGGCGGUGAAGGACCUGGUGGCAUGCGGGUUCGAAGGGGUCCUCACCUCGGGCGGGCCCGGGACAGCCGCGACGAACCGGGCGGUGCUGGAGAUGGUCGUGCGUGAGGCGGGCGCGGGCGGGAGGAAGCUGGAGGUCAUCGUCGGCGGCGGCGUGAGGAAGGAGAACGUCGGGGACGUGGUUGACGGGUUCGGAGACGGUGUGUGGGCGCACUCGAGCUGCUACACGGCCAAGUGCGAGGAGGGGCAGAUUGACGACGAGGAGGUCAUGGGAAUCUUGGAGAGACUUUCCGGGAGGUAA